GCGCUUUUGUCGGCGCGUCCGCCUUACACUCGCCCGAUCACUACCAACCCCAUCCCAAACCACCAGCACGUAAUCCGCCACGAUGCGGUUCCUCGCCGUCGUCCCAGUGCUAUGCUGCACCGUAGCCCUGGUCCUGUCCUUCCUUUGUCUCUUUGCAGGCCACAAAAAGGGCUUCAUGGAAGACUACACUCUCAUCACACUCAACACCUCGGCCGUUGGCCAAAACCUCGUCCAGGACGCCGCGAGCUCCAAUUCCGUUUCCUCGACGAUUAUCAACCUCCUCCCAGACUCGCUCACCAACAGCGUCACCAACGAGAUCAACGAGAAAAUCGACGAGGUCCGCGAACGCAUCGGCGUCGAAGACUGGUACUCGGCACACAUGCUCAACUACUGCCAAGGACAAUACACGCCCACCGAGGUGGCCAAUGCCACGGUCAAGCAAGACGAUAUCAAGCGCAACGUUACCGAGUGCUCAAAGGAAAAGGCCAUGUACAAGUUUGACCCCACAAAAAUCAUCCAGCAGGCCCUCAACAAGUCUGGCGUGGGCAUUACCCUGCAGGAUCUCAAGUGGCCCGACGACAUCCAAAAGGGCAUCGACACGUUGAACGCCGUCAUGGCCGCCAUGUUUGUUCUCUACGUCAUCGCAAUCUGCCUGGAAUUCAUCGCCCUCGUCACGAGUGUGGUGGGUAUCCUCACUUCUGGCAGAUUAAGCGCCUGCCUUAAUAUCGGCCUAAUUGCCCUCGCCUUCCUCGCCAUCGGCCUUGCUAGCGCCCUCGUCACCGCCGUCAUGGUCAAGGGCACUGACAUUAUCAACAAACACGGCCGACCCAUUGGCCUCAACUCGUCCUACGGCUCAAAGUUCCUCGCCAUCACCUGGGCCGCUACCGGAGUCAUGCUCGUUGCCCUGCUGGCCUGGUUCGCAGCCUGCUGUCUGGGCCGUCGCAGCGAACGCCGCUCGCGCCAACCCACAAAAUCUGCCAUCUAAGCACGUUCCCCCCCUUCCCUCGAUUCUAGGCCCUGUACUAGAAGAUUUUCGCAUCCUAUCCACACUGAGAGUGAGAGAAAGGAGCGGUUCUUUGGCUUUUUUUUUGCGAUUUUAAAUUGCAUGCGUUUGAUGAGUUUGUAUGGGGACUAUGGAUUACGAUCGCCAUGAGCCCAAUGUCUUUCUUUUAGUAUUUCCUUGAUGCCUGUUGUUAUAUACCCCCCCCUAAGGAUACCAAAUUGCCGUCACCGCUGUUUGGUAGGACAUGCAGUAGUAGAAUUGGGUCUGCUGCACGUUUGAGCAUGAUGAUGAUGAUGAUGAUGAUGAAGGUGAUUUCGCAAGAGCGGAUUGCGCGUAAGACG